GUUGGCUAUGUUUCUAAAUUCUAAAUUCAAUGCAAGGACACUGGAGAAGUUUUCAUAAUUUUAAUACUAGUUGCUGGAACAAGUAUUUUCCACGAAUAGAUUUGAAAAUCAAACUAGAAAUUCCCCAGCUGUUUUGGCUUUCACCCCAACCGAUAGUUCGCGGCACUUUCCACAUACUCAGACGACGACAGCAAAAUGGGCGAUGUCCUGAAUAUUGAUAGCAUAAUAUCGCGACUUUUGGAGGUGCGCGGAGCACGUCCUGGCAAGAACGUCCAACUGCUGGAGAAUGAGAUCCGGGGUCUCUGCUUGAAGUCCAGGGAAAUCUUUCUCUCCCAACCCAUCCUGCUGGACUUGGAGGCACCACUCAAGAUCUGCGGCGACAUCCAUGGACAGUACUAUGACCUGUUGCGCCUCUUCGAGUACGGCGGCUAUCCGCCCGAGUCGAACUAUCUGUUUCUGGGCGAUUAUGUGGAUCGUGGCAAGCAAUCCCUGGAGACCAUUUGCCUGCUGCUCGCCUACAAGAUCAAAUACUCGGAGAACUUCUUCCUGCUGAGGGGCAACCACGAGUGCGCCGCCAUCAAUCGCAUCUAUGGGUUCUACGACGAGUGCAAGCGCCGGUAUAGCGUCAAGCUGUGGAAGACCUUCACCGACUGUUUCAACUGCCUGCCGGUCGCUGCCAUAGUCGAUGAGAAGAUCUUCUGCUGCCACGGUGGGCUCAGUCCCGAUCUCACCUCGAUGGACCAGAUCCGGCGCAUUAUGCGACCCAUCGAUGUCCCCGAUCAGGGUCUGCUGUGCGAUCUCCUGUGGUCCGAUCCGGACAAGGACACCAUGGGCUGGGGUGAGAACGACCGCGGUGUCAGCUUCACCUUUGGGGCCGAGGUGGUGUCCAAGUUCCUGCAGAAGCACGACUUUGACCUCAUCUGCCGGGCCCAUCAGGUCGUGGAGGAUGGCUACGAGUUCUUUGCAAAGCGUCAGCUGGUCACUGUCUUUUCGGCUCCGAAUUAUUGUGGCGAAUUCGAUAAUGCCGGUGCCAUGAUGUCUGUGGAUGACACGCUAAUGUGCUCCUUUCAGAUACUGAAGCCAGUGGAAAAAACUAAAAAGUAGUGUCACAACAGCCCAACAACUACAAUAUUUUCCCUAAAAAAGAAAAACCUAUAACCAAGAAACGAGAAACGAGACAAGGGGAAGGUCAAAAUCUGCAAGAACCCAAACUGAAAUCCCAUCUCUAGAUGGAGGAGUCAUAAAGAAGUUCAAUCUGGAAGAAAAAAAAUCAAAAAGCAAAAAAUGAACCACUUUAAAGCGCUUAACUUAUGACAAUUCGUGUAUUUCUGUGACAUAUAAAGACUUUGCGGACGAGAUAAAGAAUAAUGAGCUAUAGAUGUUCUGUUACAAUGAUUA